AUGAACAUGUACCUGGACACCCCUCUUCCGUUCGGCUACGUGCACCUAAUAACGUUGUUGGUCAACGUCCAGAAUUUGGUCAUGGCACUGAAGUCCGGCUUCGUCUUUGCGCAGCAUUUCGCCUUGGCGCAGCAUUUCGCCAUGGCUCAGCAGGUCGUCACGUUGGGCGUUGUGGUGGCCGUGUACCAGGGCAUUCUGCAGAUAGCGUGCGUGAUUGCUAACCCUUUCGGCGACAACAUCUUGAACUUUCCUAUCGCUGGGUACAUGAACUUCAUGGCAAAGACGGUGGACGCUAUGUCUCGCGCCCAGAACGAGUGCCCAGUGGUGGCCGAGAACGGCAGGCUGCACCACCCGAAGGCCGAGGGCCUGGACUCCACCAGGCCGGCACGGUAG